AUGGCACGACCCUCGGCGUCGACCCCGCACCUCAUCUGGGCGGCGGGCCACUUUCUCUGCUUCUUUGCCGGCCUCCGCUACCUCCUCGCCACCGUCAUGCUCGGAACCACCAGCGGCGGCCUCGCACGCUGGUACGCAGCCACCUACAUCGGAGCCAUCACCAGCUACUGCGUCGUCGUAUACAAGAGCUUUGGCGUGCCGCAGCUGUCGCGACCCUACAUCCAGCGCGCGCUGAUGGACGAAAACGUCCAGUACCUCUUCCUCGCCCUCUACUGGUUCAUGACCAAGCCCAUCUUUGUCACCCUGAUCCCCUACGUGACCUUUUCGCUCUUCCACGUCCUCACCUUUGUGCGCACCACCGUCAUCCCGAUGGCGUUCCCCUCGGCCACCCCUGCUCCUGCCGCGGCCGGCGGCAACGCGGCACCCGCGCAGCCCGCCAGCGCCCCCGCCAAGGCGGCCAAGGUGAUCCAGGGCUGGGUCAAGGCCAACUACGACCCCGCGAUGCGGUUUGUGGCGUACGCCGAGGUGGCCAUCUUUGCGCGGGUGCUGUUUGGCGCGCUCCUCUUCCGCAACAGCCUGCUGGCGCCGCUGUUUUACGCCCACUUCCUGCGCCUGCGCUUCUACAUGAGCUCGUUUACGCGCGCCGCGUUCCAGCACGUCAAGACGGUGCUCGACGGAUACACGCAGCACCAGAGCUGCCCGCCCGUGGUGCGCAAGGCGUACCUGACCCUGACCGACCUGAUUUCUCGCUACGCCAGCUCUGUGCUGAGCGUGCAGAACCAGGGCGCCCAGCCUGCUGCUGCGGCGGGCAACGCAGGAGCCGGUGCGGGAGCUGCGCCCCGACGAUGA